AUGUCUUCAGCAUACCUCCAAGCUUUGAACUACAGCGACAAUCUCCUUUCUUUACCUCAGAGACUCAUCUAUACGCUGUUCAAACAGCGAGAUAUCGAGGCCCUGAUUCCAAUGGCCAUCAGAGCUAUAGUGGUGGGAGUGUUGUUCGCCGUAGUCAGGAGGGUACUAAAUUAUGCUACAGCAAGGAUAAGUCAAAUACUUUUUCCAACAGCAUACAUAGCAUACACCGAUCCAUCAUACAGUACUCAUGGAUAA